UCACACCAUCCACACCCUCUUCCCCCAGUACAAACAGCAGCAACAUGCCAAGGAGCCAUGGCAAUGAUCUCAGGCUUGUGCAAGCCAUGCUGGUGAAUCGUGGCUCGGGGCUUGACUAAUAUUAGCUAGAGAGGUGUUGCCUGAGGGCUCUACCUGAGCAUAGACUCCACCCCACUGACAGCUACACAGAGAGAGAGACAGACAUACAGGACUGAUCAGGUACAACGCCUGUAGUCCUCAGACACGCUGACACCAUUCACGCCAUCAUCUGAGGCCGAGGACGGCUUCACGCAGUCAGGAAACUUCACUCUGUGACCACCGACAGACAGACAGGACUGAUAAACCUCAGCAGAGUCAACAUGGAAACCCGGCAAGAGAGAAAACCGAAGAAGCCACAUUACAUUCCCCGUCCUCCUGGCAAGCCCUUCAAAUACCAGUGCUUCCAAUGUCCCUUCACCUGCAAUAUCAAGUCCCAUCUCUUUAACCACAUGAAGUACAACCUGUGCAAGAACUCCAUCUCUCUGGUGUCUCAGCGUGGGGAACAGACAGGGAGAGCACCCAGAGCGUCACAGCACAGCAUCUCCUCCAGACAAGUACACACAGAACCCUCAAUGCCUGCAAAACCCAGUCCGAUCCGACCAGACCAUGCCAACAGCAAAAUCCUAGUUGCGGAAAAGCUGGAUGUGUUACCCGUCCAAGAUGUGGCAGGGGAAGACAACAGAGAAGGAAAUGGGAGUCCUGUAAAGAAAAUUACAGAAAUUUCUUCUGAGCUGAUCAGCAGUAAAAGCGGGGAUCUUGGUACUGUUGAGACUACGAUAAAGAGCACUUCAUCGUCUGCCUUUUCUCCUGUUCAACGAAAAUGUGAAAACGAGACCCAGCCUCCACCUAAAGCAGAUCAAGCUUCUUCACACAUGCCCAUUCACCCUUCUUUCCAACCUGGGCCCACCUGGGGGCCACGAGCCACUUCUGUGCCCCUCAAACCCCCUGGAGAUUACCCACCAUACAUGCUCCCUGAAAAAACCACACAUGCCUUUUACCAAACCUACUUGCAGAAUCAAAGCAUCCCACCAGCCUACUGUCUGAGCCUUCAAGAGCACAACAGACCCCUUGUACCAGCACCUCUAAUUCCACCCAAUCACCCUGCUCUCCUUCAACCAUACCCAUACAGAUACAGCCACUCCUUUCUCCAAGUUCCACCCUUACCUUACGGUGUUUAUCCUCCUGAACACAUGCCAUCUUUACAGGGUCCGAGGUACAUCCCCAUGGAGAUGUUCUCUCACGGCUUUGAGUCCAGGGACUAUGGAAGGUACACCUAUAUCCAGACAGGUUCCUAUAGCAGGCCGUCAGAAGCCAAAGGGAACCAACAGCAUGGAGGAGAGAGGGCUACCCGCCAGAGCCCGAUGGCUGGCUGCGCUGCAUCAGGGUCUCCAGACAGGCCGUGCAUUGCGGAUAUGACUCAGCACCAUUCCAUCAACCCACAGCACUCUGCUCAUAGUGAACCACAGCCUACCUGCCAAUCAGACUGCACCACUUCAGGAAGGGGGCCAAUGACAGAACCAGAGAGAUUAUUGAGGAAUCUGUAUACCAAACAGCAAGAGAGCAGUACACAAACGCAAAGAAGAGAUAUUGUGGAAAGUACUACUCUCAGAUCUGUGCAAUGCUCUGGCUCUUUAUCAGAGGAAGCUGAGGAUGAAGACAGUGAUGAUGAUGCAGCAGCUCCUCUAAACCUGUCAAACAGGGAUCGGAACAGAUCCAUCCACACGGUUAACCACGUAUCUGAUGAAGAGAUCAACUCAGAGUCAGAAAGCAAUGAUGAAUACGCCCCUCUGGACCUCUGUCUCCGUGUCCAAUCCAAUAACCAGAUCCAGACAGGUUCUACCAUGAGCUCGGAGGAGGUACCUGAACAAGUCAGUGUCGGACAAGUUCAGACAACUCCAUCUGAGCAAGAGCAGUGUGACCGCAGACACUCUGCAGCGUUUGCCCUCUGCCAGCUGGCAAGUUUCAGCAACAUCAGUACCACUGAGCUUCCUUCAGAAAAACACACAGACACUCAAAGCCCAGGCUCCCAACAACAUCCUGCCCCAGACCAGGCUCCUAAUGGGGACACUCCUGGCACAGGCAAGUUUGAGCAGGACACUGCAACCCAGGGGCAAGAACAAGCAAGCAACGAGGCCAAAAAAACAACCAAUAAGAGAGUGAGGGUGAAUAAGCUGGUCCGGGACAAGAGGCGGAGAACCCAGAACUGCUGACUGGCGUUUGGGGGGGGAGGGAUCUUUUGCAAAUCCUUAUGCAAGCCUUUGAGCUGGUGAAUGUUGCCGCGCAAUCACAGACUUACCUUUGAUAUGUAUGUUUUGUAUAUAUCAUCAUGUCUUACGUACAGCAUCCUCCGAUAAGUCAGACUUCAGAGUGCAUGUUUAAACUGGCAUUAUACUAUCAUGACAUAUGUUCAAACAUUUAAUUUUUGUGCAGUAAAUAAAGUAUUUGUAAACUGUAGACUGUGUUUGUACUUGUUGACAAAAAUUGUAAGAUCUUGUUUUGCCCAGCUUAUCAUUCUAUUCCAUCAACUGUCACUGUGAUUCAAGGAAGGGAAUGAUACCAGGUAAAGCGUCCCCAUUUCUGAUAAAGAAAUAUGAUAAUAUCCUCACAGUAAGACAUUAAAUGGACCCACCAUCUGAAAGACGUGAAGGAAGCAGCAAUCCUCUGCGACCGAGUUCUGCUAGGGCAAGGCAACCCCCAUGCCAUGCAUUCUCCGUCUCCUGGAAGCU